UCCGCUUCCUUAGUAAACUUAAAAUGACAGAAACCAAUAUUUUUUAUUAUGAAAUUAAAAUUGGUCUCAGUUUUAUUAUUAUAUUUAAAUAAUAAGAAAUGAUAAUUCGACUUAAUCUAGUAGUAGUAACACAAUAGAAAUAUAAAUCUUUCAAGCAAUGGGAUCGAGACUUAGGGAGAAGCCACAGCGCAUGUUUGAGGUGUUUGUUGAAAUAGCUAAACCAGAGGGCGCUGAUGAUGCACCUUUCAUCAUCCAGAAGUAUCCCCAGGAUUAUGAAGACAAGGAGGCGCUAAUGAUGAUUCCAAAAUUUGCAUAUCCCUGCAAGACAGAAGUAUCAACUGUGGACCACUUCUCCUUUGUCCUGACAGACCUGGACAGCAUGUUUAGGUUUGGCUACUGUCGUCACUCCACUGGACUCCAAACAUGCUUGUGUAUAGUGAGCUGGCUGCCGUGGUACGAGGUGUUUUACAAACUUCUUGACCUACUGGCAGAGAUCACCAACCGGUCAGAAAGCAACAACGUGACAGAGUUUCUCAGCAAGACCUACAAGCUGGACAUCCCCACCCCCAGGCUGCCAGUUACUAUAGUCGCCAAUGAAGAUAUGUUUAGUUUCACAGCCCCAGACAGCAAUGCCCUGCCUAGUAUACAGAGUAAUCGUAACCUUAAAGAAUAUUACAGUGCUGUAGAUCUAGACAACAUGAUGAGGAUAUUUGCCAGCAUGCUUCAUGAGCGUCGCAUUUACAUGACGUCCAAGAAGUUGAGUAGAUUAACAGCUUGCAUCCACGCUGCUGAAGGCCUGCUCUACCCCAUGCACUGGCAGCACCUGUACAUUCCUAUCCUGCCAGCUCACCUUAUAGACUACAUCAGCGCCCCAAUGCCGUAUUUAAUAGGUGUUCAUAAAAAUUUAAUUGAGAAACUAGAGAAAAAUCGUGUGGACGUCGGGGAUGCUGUGGUGGUAGACCUGGACAACAACACCGUGGUGUCGGACUACGACGACCUCAAGGAUCUUCCAGAGGAUGUGUCCAAAUUCCUGAAGAAGAAACUGAAGAAAGAUUCCAAAACUUUGAUGCUCAACUCAGGCGAUGGCAUCUCAAAGGCAUUUUUACAAGCCAUAGUCAGGCUGAUAGGUGGCUACAGGAAAGCCCUGAAAUUUCGUUCAGGUGAAGCUGUGACCUUUGACCCUGAAGCUUUUGUACUGACACGCCCAUCUUCCUCGACCCAGCUGUUCCUGGAGGCCAUGUUGAGUCUGCAGAUAUUUCAGCAGUUUAUCCGAGGCCGCCUGGAACACCUGGAGUCUGUACAGGGCUACACAGAUAUUUUUGAGGUGGAAGCUCAGGCUUAUGAAGACAAACUCAAUACACAGUCCAAAUACAAGGACAUCUUUAACUCAGCCAAGAAGAGUGGAACCAAAGGCAUAAUGAAAGCAGCACCAAUGAUGACCACAGCAGUGCACUCAAUAACCCAGCAGGGCAAGAAAGCCAUGUCUGGCAUCAAGACCAAGUUCACUGAGUUAACUGACGUAGAAGAGAAAGACGUGUUUCGCCCAUCUGGUGGGCUGGUCCACGCCAAGCCCAAGUCUCUCCGACAGAUCUCAGCUGUGGAGCCGCGCUCAGCCAGGCCACCACGCCCUCCCCCACCCAACAAGUCUUUCAGUAGACCAGAGAGCAGGAGCCUCCAGCCUGAUGAGAUCCAUGAUGACAGCCAGCUGAGGCUGAGCUACCACACAGUGGACGUCAGUCUGAUGGGGGACCAAGACAUCCAGGCCGCCAUCUUUAGGUCAGCCAGCGCGGAGAUGCUGCCCAAACACUACACUGAGGAAGGCGAGGUCUCCAGUGGUUCCUCCUCCGCCCCUUCCAGCGACUCGGUGGAUGAGUGUGACAGCAACAUCAUCCCAUUUGAUAAACUUGGCAGCUCAGAAGAAGUCUUGGAAAUUUAUCUGCUUUUAGAUUUGAACUUUGAAGUUUUGCCCCGAGACAUGAAGGAGAUGAAGGACAGAACCAGCCUGCAUCAGUCACCCCACAGGCACUCAGUCAUGGCAGGAGAGAAAGUCUACCAACCACAAACUGAUCAAUUGAUCCGAGUGCAAUCCGAUAAACUUAUCCGACCUCAGUCAGACAAACUUAUCCGACCCGCCACCAAGAUAGCACCAGCCAGUGACAUUACACCUAUAGCCCCACCCAGGGGUAAAAAGAACAAAAGCAAUUCUAGUCAGGGCGCCCCACCAGCCAGCCCCGGGUCAGCUCAGGUCUCUCCCCGACCCCUCCCUCGCUUGUCAACCAGUGGCGCCCCACCCCAGGACGCUCCGACACAAAGUGUGCAGGACGCACCGCUCAUCAAGUUUGAUUCCACCGAGUCAGAAACUACAGACUCGGAUAUCUUUGAUCCACUGGCGUCCUCCAAGUCAGCAGGCAAGACAAGCGGCGGCGUGCUAGAGGACAGUGACUCGGACACAGUGGACACAGUGGAGGUCAGGCUGUGGGACAGGAACAAGGGAAGCCGCGUCUCACUGACCAGGUCAGAAGCCUUCAGACGCGAGACUCAGCUGCUGCGGCCAAGUGUCAAAGGUGACGACCAGGAUUUAAUGAGACUGGGCAAAGAUUCCACCACCGAGUUCUUCGACCCGCUGGCCACAUCCAACAAGUCCAACUCCUCAGAUGGCUGUUCUGACGGAGCAAAGAUUGAUCCUGUUGCAUCUAGCCACACACCACGUAGAGAGAGUUCAGAUCUUCUGAUGCACGAGUGGUCAGUUGCUUCACUGACCAAAGGACCCAACAUUUCCAUCCCAGUGGGCAUCAUGCCUCUGCGGCAGACCCACGCCAACAACCCGUUUUUAUCCUCACACCUCCCCUCCCCCCACCAGUCCCCUGUCCACCAGUCCCUGCCCACAGCCCCACCCCACCUGUCCAGUCCUAUCCUGAGACCGGGGGUCUACACCACAACCCAGCACAGCUUUCAGCGCUCCAGCCUGCCCUUCACGUCUUCUCCAAACCCACAUAUGGCUUCACCAGGCAAGCUUCCAGCCAAGAGUUAUGCCCCUUACUCGCGGCCCCAAUCCGCCAUGCCUGGGCAGAACAACAGCAUGGCCAACACAAGUUUUGGGCCAUCCACUGGGUCCAACAGCAUGGCCAACACAAGUUUUGGGCCAUCCCCUCUGACCCCAGGUUCCACCAGCCACCCCUCUAGCGCCAGGAGUAGCCCCACACCCGUGUCUCUCAGAUCUUCGCCUGCCAUGACCUCUAGUAAAGCAUCAGACACGUUCAGUGAUCUCAUAGACAUUGACUUUGGUGGCACCAAACUGAACAAUGCCCCUGGUCACCCAGACAAACCCCAACAGUCAAAGUGGGAAACUUUUGAAUAAACUGCUAGAAACUUUGUCAAUUCUCUCACUGGCACAUUUGUUCCAACAUACAUGGCCAUAUCUAUGUUCAGUACCAAACUAUGUCUGGUCUUUGUGGAGUUGGUGGAGUGUUGUACACGUGUCUGGUCUUUGUGGAUGUGUUGGCUACAUGGGCAUGUCUUUGUGGAUGUGUGGGCUACAUGGGCACGUCUUUGUGGAUGUGUGGGCUACAUGGGCACGUCUUUGUGGAUGUGUGGGCUACAUGGGCACGUCUUUGUGGAUGUGUGGGCUACAUGGGUCUGUGUGGGAUACAUGGGCACGUUUGUGUGGAUGUGUGGGCUACAUGGGCACGUUUGUGUGGAUGUGUGGGCUACAUGGGCACAUCUGUGUGGAUGUGUGGUAUACAUGGGCAAAUGAUUGUCUGAAAUGAUUGUCUGAGUGGACCACAGAGAGUGCAUCAAAAGCUUUGUGAUUUCUACCUGUUGUCAACAAAUCUUGUGGUUUGAUGACACCAUGCUAAGUAACCAUUGUUGUUUUCAGCUACAUAUCUUCAGCUAACGUAGUACUCUUGUUUGAGCCAAUAGUUAUUUUUAAACUUCUUUUGAACUGACUUUACCCUGUCUAAAGUAACCUAAGCCCCUUUUUUGUACAUGUAAAUGAACCUAAGCCUAUGUUGUACAUAUUAAAUAAACUUUGCUUUAUAUUUCCUGUGGGGAAACUGGUCAAUGAUGGUGUCAGUGGGGAAACUGGUCAGAUGAUGGUGUCAGCAUUUUUCUGACCAGUGAGUCUACAUUUUAUGCUGGCUUUGUCAGCCUCGUACCGGUACGUCAAAUUUUUACGUGUAGUUAUUUAUUGCCAGGCUCUGUAUGAGCUGUAGCUUUGUAUGUGAUUUCAUACGUAGUCAGAGUUAGGCAAUUCUUUCUCUAUGUGAUAUUUCUCGUGUUCUAGUUGGUCAAUCAGUAUUAUCAUGAAAUCAUAUUUAGAUCAACCAUCAUCAGAACUGUGAGGCCUAGUGGUAGAGCGCUUGACUGCUAGCCCAAAGUUGGUGAGUUUGGAUACUGGUUUGGACUUGCUCUGACAGGGAAAGGUGAACACACCAUCCCUUCAUAUGCUCAGGUCAAGAAAUCUGAUCUCUACUUCAACUAGUUCAUGUGCCCGACAGGUCUGAAUGGGGAAAUUUAUCAUCAGAUCAAACUAUUUUGUGUAGUAAGGGUGCACCUUGUAUGUUGUGUGAUUUGGACCAAUUAGUUCACUCCAUUUUCUAGACUGCCAAAAUUCUGUGUGAAAAUGAUACGUUGGUAUUGUUUAAAAGAUUUGUGAAUGAAACCUGAAUGCCAUUGUUGGUGGCUGGACCUUGAAUCAUGUACAGUCAAUCAUCAUUACUACAGAUGUUUGUAUUGUGUAAAAGAUUUGUGAAUGAAACCUGAAUACCAUUGUUGGUGGCUGGACCUUGAGUCAUGUACAGUCAAUCAUCAUUACUAUAGAGCUGACAGCAAUACUCACUUCUUCCUUUACCCCAUCUUGUCAGCUGCACAAUUAUUUAUUUCUGCAUCAGCUGUACCUGUGGUCACAUGUGGGUCAGCUACCCAAUAUCUGUAACUAUUUUCUCUGCUUUACAGAUUAGUUUGAAAUGCCGUCAUGUUUUGUCUCCAUAAACUUAUAAGGGGGAUAUUUUAAAUGAAUCCAUGUUUUAUGAGAGUUUAGGCAACACACUUUCCAUUGAAAUAAUUUAUGUAUCUUAAGUAGCUUUGUGUGUAGUCUAAUCUAGCAUGGGGAGUUGAGCUUAUUCUAGGGGGUUGAAUAAAAAAGUUGGAUGUUUUAAAUUGAUGAAAUAAAAGAUUGGUCACAACUUGAC